AUGGCCAAAGGCCUCGCGAAGAAAUGGGAGACUGUGGCUUGUGUUAGGAACCGAUUUCGGAAUGGCCAAGACUGGCUGAAGCUGAAGAUCGGAGGCGAUGGCACGACCAGGGUGGCAGCAUGUGCGACCUCGUUUCGGCAGAAUGCCGAAAUUGUGAGCUGCAUGCUGCAGACAUCCGGGCUUGAGAAGCAGGGGCUGCCAGCCUUGACAAAACAGGUGGCUGCACUCUUCCAGAAGAUGGGGUUCAUCCCUGAGGACUUCAAUGUGAGAGAAGUGAUGCAGAUGAUCGGGAAGCUUCAAGCUGGUGAAGCUGUGUCAGAGUCAGCCUAUGCAGCUUUGCAGUCGGGGUUGUCCGAAGAUGAAGCUUCGGAUGAAGAGGAUGAUGGUGCUGGUGAUGGAGGAGAAGAGGAAGGAGAGAAGGAAGAUGAUGAAGGGGAUGCUGUGCCAGAUGGUGGGGAUGAUGAGGAUCUAGAGGAAGGAGAGCCGAAGCCGAAGGAGAAAAAGGUUGCCCCGGCAGCCAAGCUGAAGAAGCUGUUGCCUUUGCCUUCCGGCAAAGGCACACUUGUGAAGGCCAGGCCGACUUCCAGUCCUGAUGCUGCUAUGUUUCCUGAGAUUCGCCCGAGCCCAACUUCAGCUGGGUCUGGACGAUCCCCAGAUGAGAUUGAACUGGCUCAAUGCUUGGGCCGCAUCAAAGAUCUGGAGAAGGCUGUCGAGACACAGCUUGUGGAUGAUGUUGACUUGGCUUUGGCUGUGGAGCAAGCUUCCAAGUCCCCGCCCACUGCAUCGACGACACCCAAGGCUGUGGAGCCCUUGACUUUGUCUGCUGAAGAGCAGCAGGCUUUGAGGGCCAGCAUGAAAAAAUCGAAGCAGAAGAAAGCCUCCCCGAAGGGUUCCGAGGAUGAUGACUCGAGUAAGUCGAUGCCCAAAGCCAAAGCAAAGGCUAAGGCUAAGGGCAAGGUGCUGAAGAAGCCCUCGGCAAGAUUUGUUCCUGCCCUUGUGCCUGUGGAUCCUGUUGGUUCCGAGGGUGAUGGGGGCGAUGCCCCCGAGAGAGUCUUGGGGUGUUCCCGUUGCCGGUAUGGCAAGACAGGGUGCACCCAGUGCAGAAAAAAGGACUACAAGCCCCGAGGCCCGAGAAGGAAGCAGGACUCCUAG